UGCAGAGUUGCUUGUCCAAAAUCAGAAGUUGCUCAAAAUUCAAUGGCUAUCAUAUUCGGGACUCCAGAUAUAGUAGCUGCCUUUUUAUCUUUUCUUUUUCUUUUUCUUCUUCUAUGGCCUUGGUGGUGUAGUAGAAUCACAAACUCCAUACUCAUCGACUGGCCUGUUUUUGGGAUGAUUCCAGAGCUUCUUUACAAUCUCUCUCGUGUCCAUGAUUUUGCCACUUUUCUUCUUCAACAAAGCAGAGGCACAUUUUUUUUCAAAGGACCAUGGUUUAGUGGUAUGGAUUUUUUGUUGGUUGGCGAUCCCAUGAACGUCCAUCACAUUCUAAGCAAGAACUUCGCAAACUAUCCCAAAGGUCCUGAGUUCAAGCAGAUUUUUGAACCUCUGGGAGAUGGAAUUUUCAAUUCUGAUUUUGAUAAUUGGAGCAUUCAAAGGCGGAUAUUUCAUUGCUUAUUACUCAAGAACGACAAGUUUGAGUUGGCUGUAGAGAUUACUUUGAAGCAAAAGAUCUUACAAAGCUUACUUCCAAUUAUGGAAAAUGUUUCACAAGUAGAUAUACAAGAUGUGUUUCAACGAUUCACAUUUGAUAAUAUAUGCCAGUUAGUUUUAGGCUUUGAUCCAAAUUCCCUUUCUAUUGAAUUCCCUCAAAUUCCUUAUCAGCAAGCUUUUGAUGACAUGGGGGAGACUUUCAUUUACCGGCAUGCAGUGCCUGGAAGCAUUUGGAAGAUGCAAAAGUGGCUUCAGAUAGGGAAAGAGAAAAAGUUCAAGCAAGCUUGGAAGAUCUUUGAUGAAUUUUUGGAGCAAUGUCUUACAAGAAAGCGAGAGCAAUUAAGCCAAAACUGUAGAGAUCAAAUAGAAGGAGAGGGUUUCGACUUGUUAACGUACUUUUUGGCAGAAGAUGAUGAUUUUGAAGCAACUGCAGCAAAAAUUGGCAUUCAGACAAAAUCAAAUAAGUUUCUAAGAGAUAUGGCGUUUAAUCUCUUUCUAGCUGGAAGAGAUACCAUAGGUGCUAGUCUUAUUUGGCUCUUUUGGCUUGUUGGAACACACCCAUCUGUAGAAAAAAAGAUUUUGGAAGAGAUCAAAGAAAAUCUAGGAGAAAAAACUAAUGAAAAACGCAGGGUUUUCAGUACUGAAGAGGUAAGAAAACUAGUUUAUCUUCAUGCAGUGAUAUGUGAGGUUUUAAGGCUGUAUCCAUCAGUACCUUUUGAGCACAAAGUGUCAAUCGAAGAAGACAUAUUGCCUAGCGGGCAUAAUGUGCCUAAAAACAUGAGGAUUUUAUUCUCCUUCUAUUCGAUGGGAAGGAUGGAAGAAAUAUGGGGUAAAGAUUGCUUAGAGUUCAAACCAGAGAGGUGGAUUUCAGAGAGAGGAAGAAUCAAACAUGUGCCAUCUUACAAGUUCGUAGCAUUCAAUGCAGGACCCAGGAGUUGUCUAGGUAAGGAAUUGGCCUUUAUACAAAUGAAAACUAUAGUUUCUUUUGUUAUAUGGAAUUAUUCUCUCCAAGUGGUUGAAAACCAAUCUGUUAGUCCAAGUGUUUCUUUAUUACUUUAUAUGAAAAAGGGUUUGAAGGUUAGGGUUUUUAAAAGAUUUGGUCCUUGAAAAGGUUACUCCAUCUAAUGGAAAACCAUCUAUGUAUCCGUUGAGUAAAUCUAGAACUCUUAAUUGUAUUUUUCUAGUUAAUUUAAAUAAAAGUUGCAUUUAAAAUUAUUGUA